AUGACAUACUACACAGAUUGGGAAAGUUUUGAGACGGCAGCAUCGUCGCUGUAUGCCAGCGCACCGCGGCAGGCCCGGUACACGGUCAAAUACCGCAACUGCGAUUCGCAGCUGAUGCUCAAGGUCACAGACGACGCGACAUGCGUGCAGUACCGGACGGAGCGGCUGGACGAUAUCCGGCGGAUGGCACGGCUGCACCGGAUCCUUGCGCAGACCGCGUCCCAGCGGCAGCAGGACAUCAAGGAAUUGUCGCCGAUCGUGCCGGUGACACAGAAGCAGGAAGAGCCGCUGAGGGAGCUGCAUGGCAAGAGUGCGCAGCAGGGCGGAAAGAAGCGUGGGCGUGGAAAGAAGCGUAACUGA